AUGACGCGCUCAAGGACCAGAAGCUUGCGGGAGAAGUUCAACCUUUCUGUGGAGAACAUUCUAGGCUCAUCAGAACAAGACCUUACCGAGAUAAGGCACCAAGCUGGAUGGAGAGCUGGUGAAGUGGAUGUUGUUAGAGUCGCAAAGAAGCUUGUGAUGAUUGUGAAGAACACAAGAAGAGAAGAGAAGGCGAUCCACAACUAUCAAGAAGAGAUUAAAUAA